CCCUUAUACCCAUAGAAGUCGAGCCAAGAUGUCGUUCGCCCCUCCUGAAGCCCACCAGAAUUUCCAGCACAUUCUACGUCUGCUCAACACCAACGUGCAAGGCCAGGGGAAGAUCAUGUUCGCUUUGACCGAGAUUAAAGGUGUCGGCAGGCGAUAUGCCAACUUGGUGUGCAAGAAAGCGGAUAUUGACAUGUCGAAGCGUGCCGGUGAACUUAACUCGGAUGAACUCGAACGUAUCGUGACCAUCAUGCAGAACCCCGCCCAGUUCAAGAUUCCCUCCUGGUUCCUCAACAGGCAAAAGGAUCUCGCCGACGGAAAAGACUCGCACAUGCUUUCCAACGUCAUCGACCAGAGACUGCGUGACGAUCUCGAGCGUCUCAAGAAGAUUCGAGCUCAUCGUGGUCUCCGACACCACUGGCAUACUCGUGUCAGGGGUCAGCACACAAAGACCACGGGACGAAGGGGUAAGACGAUGGCUGCCAAGAAGAAGUAGAAGGGAGCUGGUGAGGGAUGCCCGUAGGGAGAUGCAUUUUGACCCUUUCGCCUUUCUGA